AUGAAGGUCACUCACACUUAUCAGAAAUACAAUCCAAAGGCUGCGUAUGGGAUAAUUGCUAGCGACUUCACUAAAGUUAGCUAUGUUUCUAAUAAGAGCUGUAAGUCGGGUGAACUCUGUCUAUGUGGAGCCGGUGAAUCAGCGAUUAUAUGGAAACCACGUACAUCAGAAAAAAUUCAUACUUUUACAAGGGAUACAGGAUGCCAUCCUAUUUCAUGUCUCAAGGCGUCUGAUAUUUCAAGUCUGGAUCCGCGAGUGGCUAUAGGUUACUCAGAUGGACUUGUUAAUAUCUUCAAUAUGAAUACUGGUGAUAUUGAGGCUCAUUUUCGUGCUGGGCGUUCAAGAGUCACAUCUAUGGACUUGAAAAAUGAUUUACUUGUCUGCGCUGCGGAUUCUGAAAUAAAUGUUUAUGACAUUAUUUCUGGGUCUGGUACUAGAAUGAAGGGACACCACGGUAUCAUUACUCAAAUGAAAAUAUUGAAUGAAAGGAAAACCUUAAUUUCGAGUGCACAGGAUAGUUUUAUAAAAUUUUGGGACCUGAAAACUCAACAUUGCUUUGCGACCUUGACAGGACAUCCAGGACCGGUAUGGGAUUUCGCGCUCACUCGUUGUGAUGGAUUGCUUGUUAGCGGAACUAAUGAUCAAAGCCUUCGAGUUUGGCAGAUAAAAUAUAUAAGUGAAAGUGAUUCGCUUGCGGCACAUAUCGACAAAAGCACUUCAACUUCCAAUGAAACAUUAACUCCCUUAAGUGAACCUCAGUCUCAAAUCGCCAUACAAUUUUCGGGUUGUGUCCAGCGUUCAGGAGUUCGCCGAGUCCACUGUUUGGUUUUCGAUCCUACUGGAACUUACUUAUUGUGUCAGUCUUUUGAUCGAAAUGUGGAAAUAUUUCGACUCUUGAAUGAGGAGGAAAAAGCUAAAAGAUUACGUAAAAAGACCAAGAAAGCUAAAGCAAAAGGCUUGGAUUUAUCUAGUGUGGUUCUAGAAGCAGAAGAUGAACUGCGUCCUAUCUUGAGAAUUAAUCUGUCAGCCAAGCCUGCUAGUUGUGACAUUUUGGCGCCGCGUUUAAUCAGUGAACAUGAAUCUCAGAAGCAUCUUGUUCGUAUUAUCUGCUCCCUUAAGAAUAAUAUGUUGGAAGAAUUACAACUGGUAGUUCCUUUAUCUCCAUUUAAAAGUCCGAUAGUCGCUUGCAAUUUUACUAGUGAUAACCUUGGAGUUUUCACAUUAUCCCAAACGGAAGCAAAACUGUGGAGUAGACGUUCAACAGCAUGUCUAGCUACGUUAGAAUGGAAGAAUCAUUCAAACAGCAAGCAUAAUAAUUCAGAUGAACCAUCCUCAAGCAAUCCAUUACCUAAUAAGGCAUCUUCAAUGGUACUUGCUCCAGGUGAUCGUCAUGUAGUCAUUGGAUAUGAGACUGGUCAAUUAAUUUUAUUCGACUUGACUUCGAAAUCAGUAGUUCAGAUUAUCGAUAAAGCUCAUACUGGUGCUGUAAGAAGUAUUGCUGUAACCGGAGAUAAGAAAAAGAUUAUAUCCGGUGGAUCUGACAAACAAGUGAGGUUCUACGAUUUUAGUUUAAAAACUUCUGAUAAUGGCAAACCACAUCUCUUUCUUGUGGAAAGCUGUCCUUCAAAAACUGUCUCUGACCAAAUUAGUUGUUUAGCUGUUUCACCAAAUAAUCGACUAGUGGUUGUUGCUUUGAUGAAUUUUCAUGUGGAUGUAUUUUUCACUGAUUCUUUCAAGCGAAUACAUUCACUUUAUGGUCAUUCUGCUCCAGUAACCAGUUUGGAUAUUUCUUCUGACAGUCGUUUAAUUAUAACAGGCAGUACUGAUAAAACAAGACGAUUUACUUCACAUUCAGAACCUAUCACUUGUGUUCGAUUCAUUCCACAUACUUCGCUGGCUGUCUCUUCCGAUAAAGGUGGUCAGAUUAAACAGUGGGAUAUUAAGAAGUUCCGUGAAAUUACUACCCUUAAGGGUCAUAACGGUAGCGUAACUUCUUUGGCUACAACGAUUACUAACACAGCUCUUUUGACCCAAAAGAAAACACCUAAAUUGGAAAAAACACGCAAAUCACGUGCACGGAACAACCAAGACGAAGGAAGCAAUGAUGAUGAUAUGGAUGAACUAUGGGGAGGUCUUAUUUUAUCUACUGGUCAAGAUUUCAGCAUAAGAAUAUGGGAGGAAGCUGAUGAACUUCUGAUUUUAGAAGAAGAGGAACAAAUUGCGCGAGAACAGGAGGAGGAGGAAGAAUUGGUUCGGUCAGAAGCAGUGAUUCCUGGAGCAAUGCCUUCAGAAGCUAGUGAAAUUGGUCCUUUAGGCCGACCGACCGGUAAUACAAGAGAUGCUGCUGAUAUGUUUAUGGAAGCAAUGGACAUUUAUGAAGAAGAGAUAGUCAAACGUAAAAAUGGAGCUAAAAACACAACACCACAUCCUCUAAUGGUUGCACGUGGAACAAAUUGUCCAGAGAAAUUUCUACUCAAAAGUUUAAUGGCUCUGAGAGCACCGUAUUCUCGUUUAGGUGGUGGUGGAGCAGGUUUAGAACAUGCACUGGGCGCUUUAACUAGUGAACAUGUUCGCCGUUUACUUCCUAAGUUAGCGGAUUGGUUAUCACGUGGUUGGGAAAUAGAACUUGUUGGACGUUCAAUUCGUCAUUUAGUAACUCUACAUUUUGGUCUUGCAAUAUCAUGUUCCGAGCUACGUGACGCAAUCCGUCAGUCAUCUAAGGCUAGGAUGGAACAGUUAGUCCGUGCAAAAAAUCUUAUCGGUAUGAAUUUAGCCGGUUUAGAAUGUUUAGCUAGAAAAUUAGAAGAGAAUCAACAAAUCGAUCUAUUCGAUGAAUUAAUAACAACACGAGAUAAACGAAUCAAAAAACACAAAGUUAAACAAGCUCGUUUAAUGCCGUUACUUCCCGAUUAA